AAGUAGAUACGCGCUGUGAUGGCAAAAAGAUAGUUCAGCCGCAGCGCGAAAUAAAUUUAGUGCCACUUAUAUUGUUAAAAUUCGUGGUUAUUUGAAAAUUUUCAACCAGAAUGUCAUGCCCAUUUCAAUCAGUCUGGUAGGACGUCAUGUCGAUUUCAUUUAAAUUCAUAAACACCUGAUUUGUCUUAUUUCUAAUGGCUUAUUAUUUCGGAGCUGUCGUCUGUAGGUCAAACUUCAAAUCGGAGCUGAACCCCGCAGUGCUGCCGCUGGACUGGCUCCUGGGAACCUGGCAGUCCGAUGAGCCCGGAGAGGGAUCCUUCCCCUCCAUCACACCCUUUCGCUACACAGAGACUCUUCAUUUCUCACAUGUAGGACAGCCCGUGAUCAAUUUUAUGUUUAAUGCAUUUCAUGCUGAGAGCAAAAAGCCACUGCACAGGGAGUGUGGGUUCAUCAGGAUUCAGCCAGGCACCAACAGGGUGGCCUUCAUCGUUGCGCAGAACUCAGGUCUUGUGGAGAUUGAGGAGGGGGAACUAACUGGACAGCAGCUGACUCUGCACAGUACUGCCGUGGCUAGAACAUCUUUUGCCAAGCAGCCUUAUGUUCAACAGAUCUCCAGGCACAUCCAGUUGAAGCCGGAUGGAAGACUGGAGCAGACGGUCUCUAUGGCACUGGAAGGACAGUCUCUAACACAGCAUUUGCACAUCACCUACCGCAGGACUGAUUAACUAGCUGUCAUGUGGGAGGAAGAUGUGUUUGUGAAAAACAUCUGACACAAAAUAUUGAUGGUUUAUAUAUAGCAGCCUGUGGGUGAUGGUAAUAUAUCUGUAAGAAUGUAAUUCUAAGUAAUAGAUGUGAUCUGACCUGUUUUCCCAACAAAAACAACCUUUGCAAAUAUUAAGGAGUCAUUUUGUAUAAUGUAGAGCAACUAAAAUAAAAGUAUAAAAUUCUCUUUUCAAAUUGUUUAAAGUUUAUAGCAAACUCUGUCUUUGAAGAAAAUGCUGUUCAUUUUCGCAUAUCUGUUUCCAUCAGAUUAAGUUUACAAAUUCAAUUUUAAUUAAAAUGUCACGAGUAUAAAUUUUCUCUCCAGUCAUAACUUAAGAAGCUUUUAGUGUUUAUGUUUAUGGUAUUUCAUGGGGGAUACAUUAAUUCUUCAAUAGAAACAAAGUUCUCUACUUUUUGAUUAAUUGUUGUGUUUUUUUUUUUUCAUUAA